AGGACCAUGUACUUCAGUGGUCUAUUUGCCAUCAUUUUGCUUUUCUUUGUGCCUUGGAUUGGGACAUAUAGGCCUGUUCUUGAAAAGGGGUCCACGAAACCAGGGACUUGUCCCAACGAUAAUGCCUUCUGCAGGAGGCAUUUUAAGCCUAAGUGUGAGAGUGAUGAGCAGUGCAGUGGCAAACAGAAAUGCUGUUUCUAUUACUGUCACUUCAAUUGCAAGUAUACUGUAGAAGACAGAUUGUCAGAAGUGAAGUCAGGAGUCUGCCCACCCAUUCAAGGCCAGUGUGGGAAGAAGACUCAAUUAGACACGUGUACUUGUGAUGGAGAAUGUCGAGGGUUAUUCAAGUGCUGUCCAGGACCUUGUGGAAAGGUGUGCCUCCGACCUCACUCAGGGAAAGUGGGAACCUGUCCAAAGGUAGUAUAUCAGUGUACCAAGACAGAACCCAUCAAUUCAUGUGAGAGGGACAGAGAUUGUGUUGGGACUCUCAGGUGUUGCACUGGCAUUUGUGGCAAGAAGUGCAUGGAUGCUCUGAAUCCUGACUUGCCAAAACUCGACAAGGAAACAGAACAGAAAAUUAUCAAGUUCAAAGAGGAAAGAAAGAAAAGGUGGGAUUCGUACUUUGAAAAUACACUAACUUCCAAGAAGGAAGGGGUGACCUAG